CAAUAAUAAAGGAUCUGUCAACAGGGGUUACUACAGGGCAGUGGCCGGACAGCUCCUCUCCAGCGAGGGUGUGGGGUUGGGUGUGUGUGUGUGUCAGUGUGUGGUUGUGUGCAAGAGUGAGGGUGUGAGUGGGCUUGUGUGUGGGUAGGAGAGAGACAGAGAGAGAGAGGGAGAGAGAGAGAGAGAGAGAGAGAGAGAGAGAGAGAGAGAGAGAGAGAGAGAGAGAGAGGGAGAGAGAAAGACAGACACAGGGAUCAUGAGGCUGUAGUCAGCAGGCUCCGGCGGUCAAACUGACAGUAGCUGUGGCCAAGAGCUCUGCGUCUCAGAUACACACACGCACACGCACACACACACACACACACACGCACACACACACACACACUCGUGUCAGCAGCAGCAGAAACGCCUCUGCUUAUCCGUGGGACGGGACAGGACAGCAACAGCAACAGCAACAGCAGCAGCAGCAGCAGCACUAGCAGCAGCAGUACCAGGAACAAGCGCAUUAACAGACACACACUAACUAAAGGAACAGCUAAGCUAAGCUAAGCCCCGCUCUUAUCAGCCCCAGUGCAGAAGACAAGAGGACUUCCACUGCUCUACAGUACUGCCAUCCAUACUUCCAGCCUCUGUGUCCCCCUGCCUGGAGCUCCAUCCUCCAUGGAUCCCCCCCUGCAGGACUCGGAGCUGUCUGAGGUGGAGUGGGAGGCCAUGUUGGAGCUGGACGAAGCCCUGGCAGGGUGGCUGCCGCACGGGUCGGUGUGGAGCGAAGAGUGGCUCUGGAGCUCCCGACUUGUUGGGAGUAUCUCCGCCGCUACCGCCGCCACAGACACUGCCACAAUCGCCGCCGCCACUACUACUGCACAUGAGUACCAGCGAUGGGAUGAGGAUGAUGCUGGCUGUGGUGGUGGUGAUGGAGAUGGUGAUGAGGGUGAUAAGGAUGACGAUGAUCUGCCAGCUGUCUUGAGCCCCACGUACAAGCAGCGGAAUGAGGACUUCAGGAAGCUCUUCAAGCAACUGCCCGACACGGAGCGCCUCAUUGUGGACUACUCCUGCGCUCUGCAGCGAGACAUCCUUCUGCAGGGUCGACUCUACCUCUCGGAAAACUGGAUCUGUUUCUAUAGCAACAUAUUUCGCUGGGAGACGCUGCUGACAGUGCGUCUAAAGGACGUGUGCUCCAUGACGAAGGAGAAGACAGCGCGUCUGAUCCCCAAUGCCAUUCAGGUGUGCACGGAUUCUGAAAAGCACUUUUUCACCUCUUUCGGGGCACGGGACAGAACCUACAUGAUGAUGUUCAGGCUCUGGCAAAAUGCCCUGCUGGAGAAGCCGCUGUGUCCCAAAGAGCUGUGGCACUUCGUUCAUCAGUGCUAUGGCAACGAGCUGGGCCUGACGAGUGACGAUGAGGACUACGUCCCGCCCGACAACGACUUCAACACCAUGGGGUAUUGUGAGGAGAUCCCGGCGGAGGAGAACGAGAUCAACGACAACUCGUCCAAAAGUAGCGGGGAGGCCAAGGCAGAAGGCAGCCCCCCACUAACGCACAAGAAGACCCUCCCCAACAGUGCCCUACUCCACCCCACCAACACCAGCAGCCAUGAGGCAGCGCUCUCGAUCGACAUGGCUCCCGAGGAGUACACGGACUGCCUGCCGGACGGGGAGCUGCUGGGUAUCCCGUUGCCAGGCGACGAGAGGGGAGGAGGGGGCUCGUCCGGGGGAGAGAUGGGCGCCGGCAUGAUCGUACCCUCGCCGUCGCUCGACUUCAACGACAACGAGGACAUCCCCACGGAGCUGAGCGACUCCUCCGAGACGCACGAUGAGGCAGGGGAAGUGCAGGCGUUCCACGACGACCUGAACGGUCGGCAGUACAUCAACGAGGUGUACAAGUUCAGCGUGGACAAGAUGUACGACAUGCUCUUCAGCGAGUCCACGUUCAUGAGCGACUUCAUGGAGCAGCGGCGCUUCACCGAUGUGGUGUAUCACCCCUGGAGGAAAGAGGACGCUGGGAACCAGACGAGAGAGAUCAUGUACACCAUCUCGCUGUCCAACCCCCUGGCUCCUAAGACAGCCACUGUUACAGAGACACAGACACUGUACAAGGCCAGUUCGGAGAGCGAGUGCUACAUCAUCGACGCGGAGGUGAUCACGCACGACGUGCCGUACCACGAUUACUUCUACACACUCAACCGCUACAUGCUAACGCGCGUCGCCAAGAACAAGUGUCGCCUCAGGGUGUCUACGGAGCUGCGCUACAGGAAGCAGCCGUGGGGGCUGGUCAAGGGCUUCAUUGAGAAGAACUUCUGGAGCGGCCUGGAUGAGAACUUCCGCUCUCUCGAGCUGGAGCUGGCCAAGCUGGAGGACCUGAUGCUGAGCGAACAGGCGGCGGUGACUCCCCUCCGGCCGUCCCCCAAGGCCAAGGCGGUGAAGAGCGCCACGCUGCGGAGACGCAAGCGGCCCCUGGCGCACCUGAGGAGUGCGCACCUGGAGGAGGCCCUCAGCCCCGUCACCACGCCCACCGACGAGGAGGUCAUACACCGCAUCAAACACGUGGCAGGCUCCACUCAGACGAGGCAGCCUCCUGAGUACAUGUCCUCUGGCUCGGCGCUCUGCAGCGUCUCCAAGCUCCUCCUCAUCAUCAGUUUUGUUCUGGUGCUGCUGGUGUUCCUCAACAUGAUGCUGUUCUACAAGCUGUGGAUGCUGGAGUACUCGGCACAGAGCCUCACCACUUGGCAGGGCCUGAGGCUGCAGGAAAGCAAACUGCCCCAGACGCAGAUGGAGUGGGCUCAGCUGUUGGAGUCGCAGCAGCGUUUCCAUGACGCUGAGCUGCAGAAGUGGCGAGAAAUCAUCAAAUCCUCAGUGCUGCUCCUAGACCAGAUGAAGGACUCGUUGCUGAACCUGCAGAGGGGCAUCAACCUGCGAGAGUACAGCCCGGAGGCGGAUGCGGAUGCGGAGGCGGAGGUGGAGGAGAAGGAGAGCCAGUACCACUGACACAGGUCGCCAUCCGGGCCCAGCCAGCCACGACGACGUGCAGGGCAGGGGCUCUGGGUGUGUGACCAUGACGAUGAUGAUGCAGAGCUACUAGGAGUGUGCAUGUGACGUGUGUGCGUGUGUGUGUGUGCGCGACGACGACGACGCGUGUGUGUGUAUACACUGAUAUGCAUACCAGGCCUCAGGAGGAGGAGGAGGAGGAGGAGGGACUCAAGGAGAAGGGACUUCCUCCCGACCAACCCCCAACCCCACCCCUCCUCUAAACCUGGCCCAUGGGGUUGUAUGAUGACUAUGCAUACUUCAAAGGAGAGAAAAAGGGAAAGAAGAGCAAGGAGGAGGAGGAGAGCACGAGAGGAGAAAAGAUGGAUGGAUGAAUGGAGACGGGGAGGAGAAGAGAAACAGAGGGAGAGCACACUGAUAUCCUCUGAUCAUCCAAGGAGUCUGGCGACCUGCCUUCCUUUCACUUCAGCACGAUGUGGACAGUGCAGUACAGGAAACAGGAAACAGUUUCUUGUUCUCAGCAGGAAGUGGGUCUUCUUCUUCUGCUGCACUCUGCAUGGAGACACCUUUUCCUCUUGCUGCUCUCCACAGUGGAGGAUAGAGGGCAGUGUUGGCCUCCACACAAACUCUCUCUCUCUCUCUCUCUCUCUCUCUCUCUCUCUCUCUCUCGGCCUCCAACGCUCCCUCCUCUCCUCCUCAGCGGCCUCCUCUCCGCCGACCUUAUCUCCAUGGCUCCUCUCCAAGUCUCUUCUUUUAUCUUUUUUCGUCGUCGUCUUUCGGGACGAGGCAGCCAUCAGCUGGGUGCGGCAUUGGCGUUAAUCUCUGCAAGUCUGCCAGUCUAGUCGUCCCACUCCAAUAAGAAAAUAAUUGCAGAGGGACCGUGAAUUGGGUAGGGGUGCGGAGAAGGGAAACAUAGCAUGCAACUUGUUUGUGGUUUUUAUUUUUUUUAUUUUAUUUUUUAUUUUUAUUUAAAAUUGUAUUGCCCGUGCUGUAUGGAAAAAAAGACCCAAAUUCUGCUUCAGCCUUCCCCACGGUCCCCCCACCCCCACCCCACCCCCUUUUUCCCUUCAGGCUGUCCUGUGACAUGGAUGACAUUCAGGAGGGGAGUGGUCAGUGAGCAGACAGAAGGAAACAGAGGUCUCAAGUGGUCUGUAUCCAAAAGACCACCAGCGCCCCUUACCCUACCCUUCCACAACCCCGCCGCCACCCGUCGCCACCCGCCGCCACCCGCCACACACCCCCCUCUCAGUCUCUGUUCACAGUGACAGCUGCAGAGAUCCCCUGAAGGCACGCCUGACAGCACACACACACACACACACACACACACACACACACACACACACACACACACACACACACACACACACACACACACACACACACACACACACACACACACACACACGCAUACACAGACACAAGCGCGCGCACACACACACACCCCCCCACACACACACACACACACAAACACACACACACACAUGCAAAUACCUACUUACACAUACCCAUGGUUAAGUACACUGAAAUAACACACCGACCUCCGAUAAGAUACGCACAUACUGUAACGUAUAAUAUGCAAAUACGCACAAGCACAUAAACAAAACAAGUCACGUACGUACACAAUACUCACAUUCCUACAAACCCAUCCAUGCAUCCAUGCAUACAAACAAAUACAGCGCUGCUCCAAGCUACUCUCAGCUCUCACGCAGGAGCAGCAGUGUUGUGUGCAAGUGUGUGUGUAUAUAUGCUUUUGUGUGUGGGUGUGUGUGUGCCCGGGGUAUGUGAAAUGCAUACACAGUAAAAUGUUGCCGUGUUAAUUUAAUACUUAAAGAAUCAGACCAACUAGAUGAGUGUUAAAUUCAACUCUUUUAGUGUUUCAUUAGCACCGCAAUAUUAAUGGGGCAUAUAUUUAGACGUGUGUGUGUGUGUGUGUGUAUGUGUGUGUGUUCCGGGCUGCCAUUUUGCGGUGCCUGCCAGCUCAGUGUCGGGCUCCACAGUGUGUCCAGGGGCUGGUUCCCCUGACGACACUCCCGCCCGGUGCCACGGUGCUGUACUAGUAACCCCCUCAACCGGUCACUAUGCCGGUCGGGCAACCACACUUGAGGACCACAACACAACCGCCCUAAUAUGUUACCCACCCACCGCACCCACCCCACUCUCCCCAACAUCCAACAACCACACAACCCCUACCCCGCCCCCCAACGUGCAUCCGAACUGAUUGUAACUGGAACUGGACGCUUCUCGUGUUUGAUCGAGGUGGCUUGAGAGAGAACGAGAGCGACAUCCGAACACCAUCAGCAUGUCCUCAGAGAGAGAGAGAGAGAUGUACAACCGGGUUGGGAUACCCACUUCACAGCACUUGGCACGAUGAUGGUUGAGAUCCUAGUGGCUGAUUUUUUUGCAAUAAUGUGAAAAUGGAAUGGUAGAGAAAGAGAGAGGACAUGACAGUGGUCAAUAAUGGGACUUGACACACAAAGGGCACUACAGGCGUAACUGGUACCAACAACGCCCCCUUGUGGUAGCUUCUCGCCAUGGACCGACAGACAGAGACAGACAGAACAGUCAUUCAUCAGUCUAUUGACAUAAUGAAUUGUUGUGAAAUUUAAAUAUAGAAUCUGUUCUAUACAGAGCUGUACAAAAAAAACAUAGUCGGAGUUGACUUGUCUGUCGCAAUGGACAACACCAUGACCAAGUCACGAAUGUGCUACCUUCUAAAGGGGAAUCACAGCUGGACUGUUAUAGCAAGACCUGUGUCUUUUUAUUUUAUUUUAGCGUUUGAUGACAAAACUGUGAUUAUAUCUCUUGAACAUGUUUAAAGAAUUGAAAGGAAUUAUAUUAAUAUAUUUGAAAUAUAUAGUAUAUUUCAAUAUUUAAUAUAUAUUUCAAUAUAUAUGAAUAUACACACUGAAGAUAUUUAUUGUUAAUUUAUGUAUAUAGGAAAUUUAUCAGAGUUAUAGGCAAGGUAAAGAAUUUAUAAGGAGAAAAAAUGUGUUUUCUUCAACUGAGCACACAGACAUGUCUGUGACAUGCCUGAUGUGCACAUGUUUGUUUGUGUUACUUUGUGUUCGUCUGAAUGAAUUUAUUGUAUUGUAUGUACGUAUGUAUGUAUGUAAGUUGAUGCAUGGUUUUGCAUGCCUGAGAUGGGGCGAUUCAGGCAUGUUGACUGUAUUUACAUGGUGUAUGAGUGUGCGUGUGGGUGUGUGUGUGUGCGUGUGCGCGUGCGUGUGCGUGUGCGACACCAUCAUUCCACAUCCUGUGCACAUGUAUGUCUCAUGUUUUGUUUUUUUGUUUUUUUCCACAUCCGCAAUGUGGAGCCAAACUGCCUUUCUCCUGCCCUCGCAUUUGGAUUCAGCCUUGCUUCAGUCUCCGUGGCGACAGUUUACAGACUCCCCAGUACAUCCCCACCCCUACCAGUACCAACCCCCCAACACCCGCCCCUCAGAGAGCACGAUUGGGCCUCUGAGCUGUCACUCACACCCCAGCCCAACCAGUGAGCUGACCAUUCUGUCCCAAUGCCCUCAGAAUAGAACACUGAAAGCAGACGGUCGGAAGCGCAAGCU